AUGCCGACAUGUGUAUCAUCACCUUGUUCAGAUACUGCAAUAGAGAACAGUACUUGUUUAUUGGAACGAUAUAUUCCAUUGGAUCCAACCGAAAUUGGUAGACUUACAGCGUCUCAUAGUUAUUCGGAACCUAAACUAGCUGAUACACUAGAAAAAGCAUACCUUUAUGGUGAAGAAGAUAUUGUCAAGACACCGGAUGGAUAUAUCUCGGUGGCUGGCGGCAUUAUUUAUGCAUGUGAUACAGAUGGGUGUAAUCAUCCAAAAAUUGCAGACAGACUUCCUUAUGCUCUGGAAACACAUAUUCCAGACAAUAUCUUAGAUCAAUAUCUGGAUGGUGUAAGUAAUUACCAAUGUUGGGAUUGCGCGAAAUGUGUGAAUGAUACUGUCGGUAUUGAUAAUAUGAGUGGAUGCACAAAACAAUAUUGUUUAACAAACGCAUGUUCGUUAGUUGUUUCCCGUAAUACAAAUAAUCCAACUUGCCCAUAUACCAUGAGAAGUAAGUGCUAUGAUCUUGGGUACCCUCCAAUUCACGUAAACAUGACAUUGGUUUACUACUAUAAUUCCGAUAAAAAAGUUAUUUAUACAAUGGACGUUAUAUGUCAUAAGGAUAACUGUAAUGAUUAUUCAACUUACAAAGCACUUGAGAAUGCUCUUUCGGUUAAUCCCGAUUUAGCAUGUUUGGACAUCGGAGAAUCAACAUUGGCAACAGCAAUGACGGCGGGUACUGGGACAACAAGAACACCGGGUACUGGAACAACAGCAACGGCGGGUACUGGGACAACAAGAACGCCCGGUACUGGAACAACAACGUCAGGUACAAAAAAAAUAAGUCAUUAUACAAACAUGUGGCUUAUUACAUCAAUUUUUGCCCCAAUCCUAUGGAUUAGAAUAAGAGAUUAG